AUGGCUUCCUCCCCCGCAGAACUCAAAGGCGAAAUCGUGCUCACUGCCUCGUUCACGGCCAAGCCGGGAUCGGGCGACGAGUUGGAGGCGCUCGUCGGGAAGCUGCUCACGCACGCGAAGAAGAACGAGCCCGGAACUCUCGAAUACGGGAUUGCGCGUAACGGGAAAACCGAGAGCUUCGUCACGUGGGAACGUUUCAAGGACAUGGAUGCUUUGAAGGCCCACUCGGAGAACCCGCUCUUCGCUGAGCUCAAGUCGAGCACGUUGGUUGAGAAGGCCCCCGAGGUCCUGUUCUACAAACCCGUUCAACCAGCUGCGUAAUACAAGGUCAUAUGUAACGCAUGGUAGUACC